CCAUCAGACUGCGUAAGUAAAAUGUGGGAAAACCUAGAACAUCCGAGAUUUAUGUGUACCUUGGACAGAAUCGCUCACAGUAGCACUUCCGGGUAGUUUUGUACUGUUCACUGUUCUACGAGGACGUGUAGAGAAGUCUGCAGCAUAAUUACAGAGAGAAGAUGGCAGAGCUGACCCACAUGAUUGACAGCGAGGUCUUCUUGACCUUCUCUACCUACGCCACCAUCGUCACCCUGAAGAUGAUGCUUCUGUCUCUUUUGACCUCCUACUUCCGCCUGACUAAAAAGGUGUUUGCAAACAUGGAGGACACCAGUUUGGCCCACUCCACUGAGGACAAGAAGAAAAUGAUCCGUGUGGAUCCGGAUGUGGAGCGUGUACGGAGAUGCCACCAGAAUGACCUUGAGAACAUCGUUCCCUUCAUCGUGAUUGGCCUGCUCUAUGCCCUGACUGGACCGGACCUGGCCACCGCUGUGCUCCACUUCCGGGUCUUCGUGAUCUCCAGGAUCUGCCACACGGUGUCCUAUGUGCUGGUUCUGCCCCAGCCCAGCAGAGCUCUGUCCUGGGUCACGGGCAUGCUUGCCACCUUCUCUAUGGCCUACAGGGUCCUCAGCACAGCACUCUUUCUCUAGAGACACCAGUCCUGUGAUGGGAUGGAGGCCUACAAUGGCCUCUUCCUUCCUGUGACCCAACUGAAUGUGCUUUUAGAAGUUGCAUGCUUUUCAUGAUUUCAAAAGUAUGAGGGCAUUAGAGCCUGCAUCAAAACCAGACCUGUUAGGUUCAAUCAUGUGAAAUACUUUGUUUUGUACUUCUCUAGACUCUUGCUUUUUUUAAACAUUCAUUUACAGAAACUUGUGGAACUUGGAGGCAGAUGCCCCUGGCCAGCUGUGGAUAUAGUUUUUUUAUUCAAAAUGAAAACAUAAUAGAAGUUGAUACAUAAAGUUAACUUUUCUCAA